CUCCCUCCCUCCCUCCCUCCCCUCAGCCGCAGCAGCAGCAGCAUGUCGGGCCGGUCGGUGCGGGCCGAGACCCGCAGCCGCGCCAAGGAUGAUAUCAAGCGGGUGAUGGCCGCCAUCGAGAAAGUGCGCAAAUGGGAGAAGAAAUGGGUAACAGUCGGUGACACCUCCCUGAGGAUUUACAAAUGGGUACCAGUAACGGAGCCAAAAGUAGAUGAUAAAACUAAGAAUAAGAAAAAGGGCAAAGAUGAAAAGUGUGGUUCUGAGGUCACUACUCCAGAGAACAGCUCCUCUCCUGGAAUGAUGGAUAUGCACGAUGACAACAGCAACCAGAGUUCAAUAGCUGAUGCUUCUCCAAUAAAGCAAGAGAACAGCAGCACUUCAAGUCCCACGCCGGAGCAGAACUCGACAGGACAAGCAGAUGGUCCUGAAACAAAGUCAGAUGACGCUCAGGCGGAAGCGAAAGAAGAGCCUGGUUCAGAAGAUGCAUCCGAUGAACAGAAUUCACAAUCUUCAUUGGAAAAUUCCAUGAAUAGUUCAGAGAAAGUGGAAACUCAGCCGCUGGCAGAAAACGACGUCGCCACAGAGACAUCUAAAAACUCUCAGGACUCUGAAGGAGUUCCACCUUCUAAAAAGAUGAAAGUAGAGGCUCCCUCUCAACAAAACGUUGAUGAAAUAUAAACUCUAGAUUUCCCCCCCUGGCCAGUUUUUACAUAAAGUACAUCAGUGGGCUAAAUUAUAGAACAACCAUACUUAAGUAUCUUGUCUUGGAGGAAGACAGGACUCCAAUAAACUUUUCAAGUUACCAAGCAAAAAUCCAAGAAAACCAAGCAAAAGGCUUCAGACACUGAACUUUCUUUCCUGUGAAAUGAAAUGUUAAGAUUUUUAAUUUACUGUCUCUGAAAUGGUUGGAGUGAACAACUCAGGAGGGGUCUACGCACUGUUUCUAACGUCAGAAUUACAAUUAUGUUGCUGCUGUAUUUUUUUUUCCAUUUUUCUAUUUAACAUUAUAAGAUAUUUAAGGAUGGUACAGGUCAGGUAUUAUCUAUUCAUGUGAAGUUCAUUGUUCUGGUUUGGUGUCUGCUUUCUUUUCUUUCUUUCACUCUCUCUUUCUCUCUCUCCUCUUUUUUUUGUGUGUGCCUUGUGUUCCAAAAUAAGCCAGUGCUCAUUUUUAAAAUGUGGGUUCCCCCCCCUUCCCCCUCAUCUCUUGCAAAGUGGCCUAUGUUUCUACAAUGCCAUAUAGGAAGCUUUAGGUAUUUUUUCCUUCAAUUUUUAUAUCCUGGUGCUUACUGUUCUAACACGGAGAUAUUGUAAGAAGAAAUCAGGAGGACAUUUUCACUCUUGCAGUUUAGAGACAAACCAUGUGGUUUACCCAGCGAAGAUUUUUUUUAAGUACAGCAUUUGAGCCACUGUAAAACUUAAUACAUGUCCCUGCAGGCAUGUAUGGGGACUUGGCAUAAAUACAGCUUGUCCAGGAGGCUUUCCUGGUGGGUUUCCAUCCUCUAGCUGUGUAACAGUCUCUUGAAACAAACUGGUCUAUUCAAAUGAAUGUGUUUUGCUGUUUACUUAAAUUAGCACUGAUUUGGGUAAGUAUUGAAGCAAAUUAUGAAUUUUAAGAACUGGCUCUGAAUCGCAGUUUAUGAACCUUGCAAAGAUUCCUCUAUAAAUACAGGUUUGCACAAUAUACAUAAUCUGUAAACUGAUUUUUUUCCUUCCCUCUCGAAUUGUGUAUCUUCUUGAAAAACGUGGGUGACGACUGAUUAAACGGCAAUCAGUGUGGACAAUUAGCACCCAUGUUUGAUUCGAUUUUUCUCUUUUUUUUUUUUACAAAAAAAAAUGCGUUGGCUGAUCUAUGAAAUAGACAAAUAUAUUUUUGAAAUUUAAGAAAGAAAAUUGUAAUUAUGUAGUUUUAAUCGAUCAGCACUGUCCAUCACUCUGAAGCCACUGUUGAUACGUCGUCGCACCCUGGUAGUUCACGUCCGUAGAUGCAGCUUUGUGGUUCUGUGUUCUUGUGUUUUUUACCGAUUUCCAAGGGAGUAGACAAGUGUUUUGAUUUUAAAGCUGAACCCUGUACUUAAUAAAUAAAAAAAAAGAAUAUAAAUAGCA